UCUCUCUCUCUCCGCCGUUCUGGAAUCGCAGCGAGGCUCGCAGAGAGAGAGAGAGGAAGAGGGAGGGAGGAAGGGAAGGAAGGAGGGCGGAUCGUCAUCCAUGUCUGCUUCGAAGCUGCAAGCUCUCUGGAACCAUCCGGCCGGUCCCAAAACCAUUCACUUUUGGGCACCGACGUUUAAAUGGGGCAUCAGCAUAGCCAACAUUGCCGACUUCUCUAAACCGCCAGAAAAGCUCUCUUAUCCUCAGCAAAUUGCGGUCACCGCCACUGGUAUUAUCUGGUCACGCUACAGCACAGUGAUUACUCCUAAAAAUUGGAAUCUCUUCAGUGUAAAUGUUGCUAUGGCUGGGACAGGCCUCUAUCAAUUAGGGCGCAAAAUUCGGCAUGACUAUCUCUCGGAUGCUGAACCAGCCGUUGCCAAAGAAUGAUGACGAAAAAAUUGUUGAAGGGGCCGGUGCUCGGAAGACCGCUGAUUUCUUGACUCGCUUUUGCAAGAUCAUCUCCACUUUGAUGCCUUUGCUUUUGUUUCUGUGGUUUUGAGUUCUGCCAUAUCUCUCAUUCUCACUGCAGUUAGCAUUCAUAAAGAUUUGGCAUGUUGGCAUACCAGUGGAUCACUCUUUGAUCAGUGAACUUUUUUCUCUGAUGAUAAAUUUAAUACGUUAAGAA